ACCAAUGGCUGUCAUUCUGACGAGGAAACGCUGGUAGGUGGAUUAGACACGUCACCAGCCAAGGAGCCUCUAUCGCAAAAACCGCUCUACACAGGACAAACGCACGAGGAGCUGCCCAGAGAACAACUGGUGGCGGACAGUAGAGAAAGAAAUUAAGGAGAUGGGGAAGACCUGGGGAGGCAUCAAGCUCAUGGCGAAGGACCAGCAGAUGUGGAGGGAGCACGUUGUUGCCUUAUAUGCCUCUUAGGUGUAAAGGACAUGAGUGAGUUGAGUUCGUUAAAAGGAAAUUUAUAUCGUUGUAGCCGUGGAAUACGAAAGGCUAUGAUAUGA